AUGGAACAAAUAAAAGAUGAAAAAAUUGUUGAAAAUGUAAAAUCAAAAGAUAAUAAUGUAGAAUUAACAACAGAAUCAAAAGAAAAUGUUAAAGAAGAAACAAAAACAACAAAUGAAACUUCCACAGAAACACCAUCAGAUCAAAUUUAUGUACCAAAUAGUACUUUACAUAGUAUGGUUAUAUUUGGAUUACCAAAAUAUUUAGACUCAAAAAAAUUUACUAAAUUUUUAGAACAAAAUAAUGUUCCAUUUAAAAAAAUUAAAAAAAUUGUUAAAGAGUCUUUUGGUAUUGUUAGUUUUGAUUCAGUUGAAGAUAGAGAUAAAUAUUUAGAAUAUUUCCAAGGAUUUCAAUUUAAUGAUAAAACUAAAUUAAAAACAGAAGCAAAAGAAGAGAAAUCUGAUAGAAUGAAAAGAAAAUAUGAAGAGAAAGAAUUAGAUAAAAAAGAGGAUAAUAGAGAAUCAAAAUUAUUGACUAUUGAGGAGAUAGUUUGUCCAUGGUAUAAUAUACCAUAUGAAGAGCAAUUGAAAAAGAAAAAGAAUCAAAUUGAAAAAGUUAUGAUUAAUAUAAAAUCAACAACUAGAAAGGAGAGUUUACAUAAUUUACCAGAAUGGUUGGUAAAGAGAGAUAAAACCAAAGAGGAGAAGAUGUGUUGUGGAUUGGAGGAGAUUGUACCAUCACCAGUCACUGAAAACUAUCGUAACAAAGCACAAUACACCAUUGGAUAUGAUGCAGACAAUAAACCAUGUGUUGGUUUUGCAUUGGGUCGUACUGGUAAUGGUAUCACAAUCGUUGCAGAUCCAUCCAAUGCGCCAUUGAUCUCAAAACGUUCCAAUGAAAUUCGUCGUUUAUUCAAUGAGUACAUUACAGAGCCAAAUUUAGGUUCAAAUCGUAAACCAUUCGAUAAGAAUUCUCAUAGUGGAUUUUGGCGUCAAUUAACAGUUAGAGAUUUCACCACUGGUGAAACUAUGGCCACCGUUCAAUUCAAUCAUAAAGGUUUAACAGCUGAAGAACUUGAAACUGAGAAAAAUAACCUCAAAAACUAUUUCGCAUCAUUACCAGAGGAGCAACGUAUCACAAGUUUAUCAAUUCAAUUGUAUGAUGGUAUUUCAAAUUCUGCUCCAGUCGAUUUAGCCGUUGAAACCAUUGAUGGUCCUGAAUUUAUUCAUGAGAAUUUAUUAGGUUGUCAAUUCCGUGUUUCAGCAAAUGCAUUCUUUCAAAUUAAUACAAAAGCAACAGAGCUCCUCUAUUCAAAAGUUUUGGAUUGGGCUCAAGUAUCUCAAGAUACUACCCUUUUAGAUAUUUGUUGUGGUACAGGUACAAUUGGUCAAUGUAUUAGUAAAAAGGUUAAAAAAGUUAUUGGUUUAGAAAUUUCACCAGAUGCCGUUAUAGAUUCAAUUAAUAAUGCAAAAUUAAAUAAAAUUGAUAAUGCUGAAUAUUUAGUUGGUAAAGCAGAAGAUACAUUACCAACAUUACUUACAAAAUCUAAUGGUGGUAAAGACCAAGAGUUCAUUGGUAUCGUUGAUCCACCAAGGGGUGGACUUCAUGGUGAUGUCUUAAAAGCAAUUCGUACAUUUGAACCAAUUAAAAAAUUAGUUUACGUUUCUUGUAAUCAAAAUUCACUCAUUCCUGAUGCCGCAAAAUUAUGUAAAGGUAUUUCAAAAACAAUGAAAGGCACCCCUUUCGUACCAACAAAAGCAAUUGCUUUUGAUCUUUUCCCUCAUACAGAUUUAGUUGAAUUGGUUGUUUUAUUUGAAAGAGUUGAAAAUAAUACUACUACCACAACCACCACCACAACAAAUUCAGAUAAUAAUUUAAUAAUUCAAGAAAAUGAAAAUGAAAAAGAAGAAGAAGAAGAAGAAGAUAAAAAAAGAAAAAGAGAUGAAAAUGAAGAAAUUGAAAAUGAAAAUAAUGAAAAAAAAGAAAUUAAAUUAGAAAACUAA